AUGGAACCCAGUGUCCUGCUCCUCCUCGCUCUCCUCCUGGGCUUCUUAGUGCUCCUGGUCAGAGGCCACCCAAAGUCCCAUGGCCACCUCCCACCAGGACCCCAUCCUCUGCCCUUCUUAGGAAACCUCCUGCAGAUGGACAGAGGAGGCUUCCUGAGCUCCUUCAUGCAGUUUCGAGAAAAAUAUGGAGAUGUGUUCACAGUGCACAUGGGACCAAGACCUGUGAUCAUGUUGUAUGGGACAGAGGCCAUAAGGGAAGCUCUGGUGGACCAAGCUGAGGCUUUCUCUGGCCGGACAACACAUGCCGUGGCUAAACCUAUUUUCAAGGACUAUGGUGUGAUCUUUGCCAAUGGGGAACGAUGGAAGGUGCUUAGACGAUUCUCUGCAGUUACCAUGAGAGACUUUGGGAUGGGAAAGUGGAGUGUGGAGAAGCGGAUUCAGGAGGAAGCCCAAUGUAUGCUAGAUGAGCUACGGAAUUCCCAGGGAGCCCCUUUGGACCCCACCUUCCUCUUCCAGUGCAUCACAGCCAAUAUCAUAUGCUCCAUUGUUUUUGGAGAACGUUUUGACUACAAUAACCGCCAGUUCCUUCACCUGCUAAACUUGUUCUAUCAGACUUUCUCACUCUCUAGCUCAUUAUCCGGUCAGUUGUAUGAGCUCUUCUCUGUCUUCCUGAAGUACUUUCCUGGUGUCCAUGUACAAGUGUGCAAAAACAUGCAGGAAAUCCUUGACUUUAUUGAACAAAGUGUAGAGAAGCACAAGGUGAGCUUGGAUCCCAACAAUCCAAGAGAUUUCAUCGAUGCCUACCUUCUACGCAUGGAGAAGGAAAAGUCCAACCCAGACACAGAAUUCCAUCACCAGAACCUCAUGAUCACCGUGCUAUCUCUCUUCUUUGCUGGCACUGAAACAAGCAGCACCACGCUCCGCUAUGGCUUCCUGAUCAUGCUCAAAUACCCUCAUGUUGCAGAGAAAGUCCAAAAGGAAAUUGAUCAGGUGAUUGGCUCACACCGCCUCCCAACCCUUGAAGACCGCCCCAAAAUGCCUUACACUGAGGCUGUCAUCCAUGAGAUUCAGAGAUUUUCAGACAUUAUCCCAAUUGGUGUGCCACGCAAAGUAACCAAAGACACUUGGUUCCGAGGGUACCUGCUCCCCAAGAACAUUGAAGUGUACCCCAUCCUGAGUUCAGCUCUGCAUGACCCACAGUACUUUGAACAACCAGAUACCUUCAAUCCUGACCACUUCCUGGAUGCCAAUGGGGCCCUGAAGAAAAAUGAAGCUUUUAUGCCCUUCUCUAUAGGAAAGCGCAUUUGUCUUGGAGAAGGUAUUGCCCGCAAUGAAUUGUUCCUUUUCUUCACCACCAUCCUACAGAACUUCUCUGUGUCCAGUCCCAUGGCUCCUAAGGACAUUGACCUCAGUCCUAAGGAGAGUGGCUUUGGCAGACUGCCCCCAGAAUACAAGAUCUGCUUCUUGGCCAGAUAACUAGGCUGAGUUGCUGUCCCCAAUCCUGGUGAUAAUGGAUGCUUCUUUCUACCCCUGAGAGAUCUGCUGGAAACCAGGCCCUAUAUCACUGCUCACAUCCUUCUCCAAAAAUCCCGAGGUGUGUCCUACUGCCCUUGAAUGCCACUGGCAAAAUCAAUCAAGGGUCUUUCUUGGUUUGUGAAUAGAGAGACUUCUGGAAGCCACUUCUCAUGCUGAGUCACUUCCCUAUUCCUCACAAGGCCAAAGUCCCAGUAAAGAAGCUCCCAGUGCUCUAUGUUCUAAUCAACUGGAUCUGAAUUCUGCCUGUAUAGAAUUGCAUAAUAUGCAUGGUUCACAUAAGGAAAUUCUCAUAGCAUGUGAUCUUUUGUGUCUGUGUCCUUUAUUUCACACAACAUUAUCAAGGUUUCUGUGUUUUGCAGACCACA